AUGCAACGUCUGGAAGAAGCGGACAAUGAAAAAAAAAAACUUGCAGCGGACGUAGAAUUAUUGGGAAAACAUAUGUCUAAAAUAAAUUCAGGACGUGACGCUACUACCGAAUUAGACUCCUAUGUUACGAUAGAUGAAAUUAGUACCAGCAGUACUCAGAUAAACCGACCACCUGUUCACCCCAACAUCGAACAACCCGAGGUGGAAGAAAGAGGCUAUUUUCCGCCCGCUUCUCCCACUCUACGAGCUAAGGAUGCAAUACGCUACAUCCCAACGCUCAACGGAGAUGAUGAUGUAGGAGUUGAAGACUUCAUCAAAGAAGUGAGAAGUAUGAAGGAUCGCUGUAUGGAGCAGGAUCUGUUGCUAAAAGCAAUAAAAGUGGAAAAAAUCGUGGGAAAAGCAGCCCAAAGUAUUCGCAACAUUCCUAUUGAGUGUUACAGUGAUCUGUGCGACGCACUGAGAAAUAACUUAGCAGCACAAGUGACUUCGGAUGAGUACCAAGAACAAUUACGAGAGUUGAGACAGGGGCGCGAGGAAUCAGUGCAAAGUUUUAAUAUUCGGUUUAGAAGAAUACUCAACCGUUUGCUGUACGCAGUAACCAAUGAGUACCCACAACCACUGACGCGUAAAAUUAUGACCGAAGAAAUCACGAAGAAGACUGUUCGUGUGUACCUAAGGGGACUCAAACCCGAAAUAGGACGGAUAUUACUCGGUUAUCCACUGUCCAACAUCGCCGAAGCCGAAAAGAGAGCCUCCGAGAUCGAGCGAUACUUCAGGGAAGAUCGAAAUCGACAACCAAGACCAAUGGAACAAUCAAGACCAAUGGAACGAUCACGAUUCCCCGAACAGCAACAACCGACGACCAAUUAUCCUAAACCAGCCAUAAGGAAACCAAUUACGACACCUUAUCCGACGCCAAGGAACUUCCAGCAAACCGAACGAAUGCCACUCGCCCAAAGGACUCAAAUGAAAUGUUUGAAGUGUAACCGAAUCGGACACUUCUCUAGCCAAUUGGUUCUACGAUCCGACGGACGACGACAUGAACUCCUCGUUGACAGCGGAGCAGGAAUUAAUGUGCUCAAAAGACGAUGUGUAUUACGACCAACAAUAGUGAAAGAACAAAAAUUCUCGAUGGGACAUUCUAAGUUUAGGACUAAUGAACACGCGUUAAUAAAACUAUUCGGUAAGGUCAUAGAAUUCUUCGUGGUAGACGAUAACUUUCCGAUUAUAGAGGACGGCAUACUCGGUGUGCCGGCGCUAUCUAAAUUUAAAUACGAACUUUCAAACCAACAGCUCAAACUGGACGAUAACAUUCUCCUGUUGCAACAGGAAAACAACGUACCCCCUAAACAAGCAUUGUCAAAAAUGGUCUAUCUGGAAGGAAAACCGACGAGGAUAUGCUUUAUCAAUGGUGGUAAGUACCCAACCAGAAUAACUAAUCUCAUUGAAAAUUCAAAUACAUACGGUCAAGUCUCCACAUUUAAAGAUCUAGUCAGACUCUCGCAUAUAGAGAAAACUCUCCGUGAACCAAUCGAAAAGAUAUUGCUGUUUUACCUCGACGUAUUUAACCUAGAAACCGAACUUUUACCGUGCACUAACCUUGCUAAACACAGAAUAACGCUAAAGGAAAACAAAGUCAUUAACACAAAAUCUUACCGACCACCCGAAUGCCACAAAGAGGAAAUCAAACGACAAACGGACGAAAUGCUACGAAAGAACAUAAUAGAACCAUCUGACUCCCCUUACAAUUCACCAGUCUGGGUAGUACCAAAAAAGGCAGACGCCUCAGGGAAACAGAAAUGGCGAAUUGUAAUAGACUUUAGGAAAAUAAACGAACUAACUGACCAAGACGCAUACCCAUUACCCGACAUAGACGACAUACUAUCCCAACUAGGCAACGCAAAAUUCUUCUCGGCCCUCGAUCUAUCCUCUGGAUUCCACCAAAUCCCAAUGGACACAGACUCUAAAAAAUACACAGCAUUCUCAACGCCACAAGGACAUUACCAUUACAAUAGAAUGCCAUUUGGUUUAAAAAACGCACCUGCCACAUUCCAACGGAUGAUGGACACCGCUUUAAGAGGACUCGUAAAUAAACAUUGCUUUGUUUACUUGGAUGAUAUCAUAAUAUUCGGACAGUCAAUCGAGGAACACAAUAACAAUCUCGCGAUAGUAUUGCAACGUUUACGCGAAGUCGGACUCAAGAUACAGCCUGAUAAAUGCGAAUUCCUUAAACCCGAACUGGAAUAUCUCGGGCAUUUGGUAACCGCCGAAGGUGUAAAACCAAAUCCCAAGAAAUUAGAAGCCGUUAGUAAUUUCAGACAGCCACGCAAUCCCACAGACAUCAAAAGUUUCUUAGGACUAGCGGGUUAUUACCGCAAGUUCAUCAAAAAUUUUUCCAAAAUCGCGAAACCAUUGACCGAACUUACGAAAAAGGACGCACCAUUUCAUUGGACAGAUAAAACCCAAGAAGCAUUCCAAACACUAAAAGACAAACUUUGCUCAUCACCCGUGUUAAAAUUCCCAGAUUUUACAAAACAAUUCAUAGUAACGACUGACGCUAGUAACGAAGGUUUAGGUGCUAUCUUAUCACAAGACGGACACCCCUGUUGUUACAUCUCACGAACUUUGAACCCACCCGAACAGAAUUAUUCCACAACCGAAAAAGAACUCUUGGCAAUCGUAUGGGCCGUGAAACGCCUCCGACAAUAUCUGUUAGGCCGGAAAUUCCUUAUUCGAACCGAUCACCAAGCGCUAAAAUGGCUACAAAAUUGCAAAGACCCCUCGUCACGCCUGAUGAGGUGGAGACUAAAACUAGAGGAAUACGAAUACGAUAUAGAGUACACUAAAGGAAAAGAUAAUACCGCAGCCGACGCACUAUCUAGGAUACAUGUUUUAACUAGACGAAACAGAAAUUUGAACAUAGAACUCGAAAAAAAAUAUCACGAUUGGAAAAAAUCUACCGACGCGUUACCCAAAAUUCUCAAAAUGCCUCCGAACCAUAAAUCUUUCUAUCAAUUAUACAAGACAGAGCUAGGGAAUUACGACGAAACUAAAUGGUUGAACAAGUUAAACGAGAUUAUCCAUGCAAACGAAAAGAUAGGUAUAGGCGACGACAGUUUCACAGAAACAGAAAAGAACGCGAUCAAACAAAUUUUAUUAUUCCUGAACGACACCGUGAGAGAAUUAAAUUUCGCGUGGGAACCAAUUAAAACAUACCGCGACGAGGAAAUAGAGGAACUAUUGAAGGAAAAUCACGACUUAGUAGGACACCCCGGCAUACAAAAAACAUACGACCGCAUUCGUGAACGGCACCGAGUACCAGAUUUGAUGAAACGCGUACAACAACACGUAGAAUCAUGCGACACCUGCCAAAUAUCUAAAACCACGCGCAUCAGACCGCGCGAAGAACCCUGUAUCACUGACACACCCCUCGAACCGAACGAUAAAAUUGCUAUGGAUUUACUAGGGCCAUUGAAAAAGACAAAGAAAGGCAAUCAGUACAUUUUGUCCAUACAUGACGAACUGACAAAAUAUUUAAUACUCGUGCCACUAAAGACUCAACAAACGGAGACAAUUUGGAACGCACUCUUGAACCACUACAUUUAUAUCUUUUCCGCUCCAAAGAAAAUACUAACCGACCGCGGACAGAAUUUUAUAUCUAGUUUAAUGCAACAGUACGAAGACGCGUUUAAAAUUAAACACAUCAAAACGACAUCCUUCCACCCACAGAGUAACGGAUCUUUAGAACGAACACACGCAGUAGUAACGGACAUGUUGAAAUCUAUACAGCGAAAUUCAGAUGAAGAAUGGGACGAUCAGCUUAAUUUUGUAUGCCUCGCAUACAAUACCAUGAUACAUGAUUCCACUGGUUACACGCCAUUCGAACUCACAUUCGGACACCAAGCCAAUCUCCCUUCCACAAUAUCCAAGAAUCCCCAACGCACAUACGCAGACGAAGUCACGUUCCGUAAAAAGGAAUGGGACUCCAGACUCCAACGCGCGCGUAAAACAUUAAUUAAAAGCAAACAGCGAUAUCAGCGCGAUCAGAAACGAAAAAUCAUAAAGCCGCAAUCAGUAUUCAAAGAAGGAGACUCCGUAUUAAUACAUAACGACCAUAAAAGACACAAACUCGAUGUGGAAUUGCUGGUCCUCUCUCAAGCUACUUCCCGUAAAAACGCGACCUCCAGGAAGAAUCACGAACAACCUGCGGAAAAUAACUAUUUGAAUGACAUCAGAUUCGACGUGUCCUCGGAAGCAGAUACGUCGAGCAUGACAAACAAAUGGCUCGUUCAAAGGACCACCGACAUUGCAUCUGUUCAAAACACCUCGAGUGCGUACAGCAGUGGCGUAUCGAGUGCAAUGGGUAAUCACAAUGCAAACAGCCUAUACAUGGCCGAUCUUGUCGAUAAUGGUGCACUUAAGUCCGCAGAUCAGGGAGAAGAAAGGACGUCGAACUCGCAGACAGUAGGCGACGCGGAAGAAACGCUAAAUAGUCUAAGUUCUACGGGGAAAACUUCUCAGCCGUGGUCUUUGCAGCUCGAGGAUGCUGACUCGAUACGGAUUGAGAAAGCGAGUAAAGAUGAAAACGAAAAAGGCGACAGGUGCGGUUCAAGUAGUGAGACAAAGUCGCCGCAAAAACGUCCGUUUAUUACGUCGAUAGAAGUAACAAUAGUGGUAAUUCCAAACGAUAGUGGUAAUUCCAAUGAUUCGACCGGUGCUUCGAUCGGGCACGAUUCGCAAGACGAGUCCCUUUGUUCCGAGGAAAAACUAAUAGUCGCGGACGUCAGCGAAGCGGAGUCGAGUUUAAUCAAGUUGAAAGGGGAAUGCUGUUCUGUGUUGGGUGAGGUUAGAGACGAUUGUUCGGAAAGACCGCCCGAGGACAACGGUUUUGCGCGGCCUUCAAAUAACUGCACUGCUUUAAAUAACGUGAAAGAUAAUAAAAAAUAUCACGAUGAAAAGGAUUUGACGAGUGGAGCUUCUGAAAAUGAAAACAACAAUGUAAAACGCGAAGAAAUCAUUUCUGUCGGUACUAAUGCGACUGCGAAUAACUUUAAUUGGAUAUUGGAGUUAAUAAGAAAUGAGGUAAACGUCAAUUUUGUUCAGGAACAUUCGAUAAUUGGUAGAGACAAAUAUCUAAGGACUGAAAUUAAUGAAGAACAAUCGACAAUAAACGAGACAAAAGUCUUUGAUCAACAAAUAAUAAAAAGCAAAGUAGAGAAUAACGGUUUGAAAAAACAUUUAUUAUCAAAUAGAACAGAGACUGAUAUUAGGGAUGAAGUGUCGUCAGCUGAAGAGGAUAUGGUAGUUGACAGACAGCAAUUACAAAUGAAUUCAGUCGAUAAAUCCGCGGGGGAGUACAGAAGAAAGAUUUUCGUAAACGAAUCGCUUCAAAAUAUAAUAAAUCCUUGUGAUUUCACGUCGAAUGAUUUUGCGAACGGCAGUGAAGAUUCUGAUGUGCAAGACGAUAAUUUGGACACUGGCGAUAUUUCAUUAGGUGAGAGCGAGAGAAAUUUCAAGGGCUUAAUUACUACAGAUGAUACGAGACAGGAGACGAAGGAUAUUCCAGUUAGCCAAAGUACUAAAAAAUCACAAGAUAGUUUUAUAGGUAACGAAUCACUGGAAAAAAAGCAGAAGAUACAGAUAUGGAAGAGCUGUGAAAUUAUUGCUGUUCACCCAAAAUCACUAGCGAAGAGCGAAGUACCGAUUUCGAAAGACGAAGAAGGAAAAACAUUGUCGAACCGGUUAAGCGAGUCGAUAAAAAUGGAUUCAGAGAUGCAGAAAAUUUUACAGGAGUCUAAAGCGCCGUUGGAAAGGGUAGAAACCAUUUUACCAAAGCCGACAACGGCCAAGAAGAUUGCCGAAAUGAGUAAGAAAACCACCGGUGAGGCGAAGUGCGAUGUAUUGAACGAGUUGCUCUCUAAUCUUAGUAACAUUAAAUUGAAACCGGUGAACGACGAGAAGGGAAAUGCCGCUGAAAGUCAUCCGCGAGUAAAAACUUCUUCUCGGCAAGAGAACGAUAAGGAGAGAAUCGAAUCUAUGUCAGAUAGCCGUACAGAGAGUUUGAAAAAUUCCCAAAAUCAUAGAGCUGCGCAAAAGACUAACCGAAAAAAUGAUAAAAGACAAAGAAGCAAAGCUCAAUUACAACCGAGUACAUCCCCCAACUAA